AACCCUUAUGUCCUUCCACCAUGGGACGAUCAUUAGCACGAUUUUCAGCAGAGUGCAAAGUGGACCUACUGUUCUUUCCUAUACAACAUGGGUUUGCGACUUUCCAUUUCCACGCAAAACGGCAGGUAUCCUAAUCUGGACAAAAUGAACUUGCCGUAUGCCAUUGUACAAUUUCUAAAAGAAGGGACAUACUCCGAAAUUCCAACUUUGUGGCUUACAAAUAAUUUGACUCAAUGUAGGUGGCCAAUAACCAAGAACCCUACCAUUUUUAUUAAAAAAAGUAGUCCACCAAAAGCUGACUGGUUACUUCUUGAUGUCAAAGUAGAAUGCUAUUGUGAAACUUUAGAAAAGGCACAGAAACAAGCAGAAGAUGCUAAUUAUGCUUUUGAAAUUAGAGGAUGUGGAAAAAGAAUCAUACAUGAAAAACAAUUCAAUGAUACAUGUACUUAUGAUGACAGUAUAGAUGAUGAUUGUGGUCCACAGAAGAAGUUGAAAACUGAUGUAAAUCGCGAUUCUGAAAAAGAAUCUUUCUGUGACAAACAAUUUUUGCAAACAAAGCAAUCAUCAUAUGAAAAAGUCUCACAAACUGCUAAAAGAAGUUUUUCUGCAAAUCGUUCAUUGUGUGAUAAAUCACAAACCUUGAUAGUUGAUCCACUACAAGCGGGUGAUUUUAACAAAUCCACGACAGUGGAAUCUGAAAUUAAAGUUCAAAAUCCCAAUUUUAUUUCAACCAUUCCAUUAGCUACAAUUGGUGAAAAUAUUGAAAAAUUAAUUCCAAUUUGUAUGGAGACAUUAAAAUAUGUAAAAAGCAUUGACCAAAGGUUGAAAGCUUUAGAGAAAGCAAUAGGUAUUAAAGUGGAAGAAUCUGUGACUACAUUUGAAAGAAACAUUAUUAAUGUAGAAGAGCCUAUAACUACAUUUGAAAGAAAUAUUAUCAAUGUAGAAGAGCCUAUAACUACGUUUGAAAGAAACGUCAUUAAUGUAGAAGAGCCUAUGACUAUAUUUGAAAGAAACAUUAAUAUAGAAAAGCCUAUAAAUACAUUUGAAGGCAAACUUCCAAUCAAUUCUAUACAGAAUCUUAAAAAAUUUGAGGAAGACAUGGAAAAUGCUGAAACAAGAACAAAUUUUAUCGAAUUUAUGAAAAAAAUUGGAGGGAAAGACAAUAAAAAUAUGGUACAACGGUGUUUGAAUCGUUUAUUUACAAAUGAAUUCGGCAAAGCUUGUUCUUGGCUUGGUCGCCGAAAUAAUUAUCGCAUGUGCGAUUUGAAGUGCAUCUGCAUAUUAAAAAGUGUGUUAACAGCUAAGGGUGUUGACGAAUGUGACUUCGAAACUAUAGCAAGUGAAUGGUUCCGUCUUAGUAAGAUGCGAUAUGAUCGGGAAAAUAAAAAGGGUUCUAUAUCUGUAGAGGAAGGUUUAUCUUCUGUUCCAUCUGCGUCUGCCUCAGAGAUAGAUCCUCUAUACAUCCCAUUUGCAUAUUCGUCUGCAUUUUCAGCACAGUAUACUUCGGAACAGAAUGUUGAAGAGUCGAUUAAAAAAGACAAAGCUUCAUUUAUAUGGUCUUCAAAGAAUAUAUACUUGCUCUUGGCAAAGUAUGAAGAACGCAUGAACGAGUUCUCUUUAGAUGCAAGACAUAAUUCUAAAAUCUGGGAAAGCAUUGCAAGCGACAUGAAUAAAGUUGAUCCAGAAAUUGCUGUGUCAGGCACACAAUGUUGGUCAAAAAUGAACAGUAUGAAAGAGAUAUAUAGAAAAAUUGUAGACAACAAUACCGAAAAUAUUCGAAAACCAUGGCAAUAUUUUGAGAGAAUGUAUGAAUUAUUUGGAAAAUUAGAUUGGGAAAAUUUGGAAAUAACAGCAUCAGAAGUUGGAUCUUCGUCCACUUUAAAUUCAACAGAAAAUAGAAAUAUUAAGGAAAUAUCUAUCACUAAAAAGUCAGAAUCAGAAAAACUUUUAGAUGAAUUUGUGAACCAAAUGAGGCAAGAGAGACAGGAGAGAGAGAAGAUGAAAGAGGAAAAAAAGCUAAUUAUAUUGCAAGAAUUACAAGAGCAAAAAGAAAAACGGCAUAAAGAGAAAAUAGACAUCAUGAAAAAAUUCUGCGAAGCUGUUGCAGGCAAAAAGAUAUUUGACUAAUAAUCCUUAUAUACAGUUUUUUUCAUUUUAUUUUUUAUUUUUAUUAUAAUAUUCACUUAACAAUAUAAUAUAGAAAAAUAAUUUACUUUGAGUUUUUAUAAUAACUUCAAUGUAAUCACUAUUUUAAUUACUUUCUUCAUUAUGGUUUAUUUUAUUACAUAUUCAUAUACUUGUUCCUUUUUGCGAUUUUAUUAGACAUUCUAUGUAUUACAGAUGUAAUGAUCAUUGUAAUAUUGUUUUAGUUAUAUUUUAAAAGUUUAAUAUUUAGAGACUUUUUUGUAAAGAAGUUUUAUAUAAGUACUCUUGGGGUGCGUUCCGAAUAAGCUUUCGCUAAUUAUUUUUUUAGUUACAAAGUUGGUAAUCCUUUAACUUUGUUUUGUUCCGUUAUGAAUCAGCUGAUUUAGUUGAAUUCAUCGUAUUUAUUAAUAAGCAAAAA